GCAGGCGGCGCAGGCGGAGCAGCAGCAGCAGCUGCAGGCGGAGCAGGCGGUGGCGGCUACACUCUCAGGGAUGACUCAACUGGGUGCCAUAGCAGCUCUAGCUGCCAGCCUGCUGGCAGCUGCUCUUUUUUCUGCAAUACACAAGAUUGAGGAAGGGCACAUUGGUGUCUAUUACAGAGGAGGGGCGCUCCUGACAUCCACCAGUGGACCUGGCUUCCAUCUCAUGCUGCCCUUCAUAACUUCUUAUAAAUCAGUACAGACGACAUUACAAACAGAUGAAGUAAAAAAUGUUCCGUGUGGCACAAGCGGGGGAGUGAUGAUCUAUUUUGACAGAAUUGAGGUCGUGAAUUUCCUAAUCCAAAGUGCUGUCUAUGAUAUAGUGAAGAACUACACUGCAGACUACGACAAGGCCCUCAUCUUCAACAAGAUCCACCAUGAGCUCAACCAGUUCUGCAGUGUCCACACGCUACAGGAAGUCUAUAUUGAAUUGUUUGAUCAGAUUGAUGAAAACCUGAAAUUAGCUCUCCAGCAAGAUCUGACAUCCAUGGCACCAGGACUUAUCAUACAGGCAGUCCGAGUCACAAAGCCAAACAUCCCAGAAACAAUUCGGAGAAAUUAUGAACUCAUGGAGAGCGAGAAAACGAAGCUGUUGAUCGCAGCUCAGAAGCAGAAGGUGGUGGAGAAGGAGGCUGAGACGGAGCGCAAGAAGGCUCUCAUUGAAGCGGAGAAAAUUGCCCAGGUGGCUGAGAUAACGUACGGCCAGAAGGUGAUGGAAAAAGAAACCGAGAAGAGAAUCUCUGAGAUUGAAGAUGCUGCGUUCCUCGCCAGAGAGAAGGCAAGAGCAGAUGCUGAAUGUUACACUGCCUUCAAGAUGGCAGAAUCCAACAAGCUAAAACUGACUCCGGAAUACUUGCAGCUGAUGAAGUACAGAGCGAUUGCCUCCAACAGCAAGAUCUAUUUCGGCAAAGAUAUCCCCAACAUGUUUAUGGACAAUGUUGGGAAUCCCACUAAACCUUCAGAAGGACCAGCCGAGGAGCUCCGAGAUGAAAACUGGUUAGGAGCUGGGGAGGAUUUGUGAAAUGGAGGCAGGCCAAAGGGGCGGCUCAAUCUUGGUUCGAAGGAAUGGAACUAAAGGCCUCGCCCCACUUUUCUCGGUGCGAUUUCUCUCUCUUCUUGGAUGCUGGAGAAGAGCCCUUCGGCCUUCGUGCUGACAAGGCAGGCUGGAAGCACAUCACAGCCCAGCUUCCUGGCUUCUGGAUUUUCAGCCGGCAGAUUCACUGUCACGUUUGCCUUCGUGCGGAUGGAGAAAGCAACAACGAAUCACGCCAGAGAGGCUGCAGCGUCCCUGUGAUUGGCUCUGCAGCCACUUCAAUCAAACAAGCAUGUUCACUCCCAUUGGAUCUUUUGUAGCAACUGGAGCAGGAGAAGCCCUCUCUUGCUAGAAACCAUACUGUCCUCUUGUGGUUGUACGUAUGGUACAGGUGAAGUCCAACAGGUAGGCAAUACGCUCAGUAUCCAGCAAAUGUAGGAGUCAGAAUUGUGGUGUUUCUCUCUCUCUCUCCCCCCCCCCCCCCCUUUUAAAGCAUUGGUCUUGAUGUGCAUAUUAUCCAAAAUGGGCUACGUCAACCAGAUAACCUCCACAUGCGGUUCUGCAGUAUUUGGAUUUGUGAGCAAUGCUAUCCGGUAGUUGGAUUUCACCUGUAGCAUAUAUGUGGACCCCGUCCCACCCACCCCAAAUAAAGGUGCUAUGUUUUGAAUUUUAAAAACAAAACAAAUGGAAACACCCACACUACAGAUCCAAGACUUGGCAUGGUGACUUGGAACAUUAAAUAUCAACACAACUAAAGGUGCGUCCACAUGGUACUUAUUUUGGGAUGCAUUGACAGAGCACAUCCAAACCCUGAUGUUCUCCUUCCUACCCUACAAUGUUGAUAGGGACAAUGACAGGACCAAUUUCAGAUGGGGUGCAAGUUCUCUCUCCCCCUUCCCUCCAUAAUGGCAUCUCCAGAUAAAGCUGUCCUGCGAAAGAGGUUGCUACCCUUUUCAGAGAUUCCUCCUGCACUAGACCACGGCUACCUCGUAAGCACAGGCAUCUGCAUAGCCACUUUGCAUUGCACGUCAUUGGAAGCAGCAGAGAAGUUGAUUUGGAUUUUGCAGGUCUCUUUCUAGAUCAUGGCUGCACAACCGGUGAUCCACCAAGCUGAAUGCAGCCCACCAGCCAUGCAAUUGUGGCCUGCCAUUUAUUUUUCCAACCCAACUUUUACCAAGACCCUAGUAGGCCACUGUACAUUGCUGUAUUUUGGCUUGGCAAAUCACAAUUUGUGCCAGCACAUUUGGGACUAAACCAGCAGCCAGAUUCUCUGCUGUUCAGCCUCUGCUUCAUGAGUGAAAAUGCACCCGUCCAUUGUUGCAGUGUCUUCCUAGAAGAAGGCAUUGAGAGGAUUUCAGGGUCUUGGAUCUCACCCAUUCCUGCUUACUGAGAAGGUUUCCAAUGGUGGGUAGUGUUACUUUGAGCCAAUUCUGAGGGUAGCUUUUUGAAGUCAUCCAUGAGUGAUGUGCAUGAUAAAUGCAGUUUGGAAUUAGUUUUCUGGGGACAGCCAUGCAAACAGGAUUAGGAAGUUGUGUCAAAUGGUGCAUCGUCAUUGCACAAUUCCUCAAACGAUGUCCUUGGUUACCCUGUAAAUGUCAAGCCACUAAUCCUGGGUUCCUUCUACUAUUAGAGCAGCCCAGUCCAACCAGGUGAGCAGAAAAUGGCUUGGAUUGCAAUUCCCAUCAUCCCCAUCCAGUGUCUUUUGCUCAAACCCAUCGGGAGGCCGUCUGAUCAUAGAUGCCUGCAUUAGGGAUUUGAAGGGGGACGUGUUGCUCUAGAAAUGGGCUGCUCCAAAGUAGAAACAGAGAUUUAAAGAAUGUUCUGUUUUCCCCGGUAAAUGUUCCAUCUUAUGUUGGUCUGUGCUAUUAACAUGAUCUGUAUAGACCAGUAGGGUUACCUCCCGAGGUCUCUUUUCCAAAGGCUGCAUUAAGGCUGUGUAUCUUGCAGACAUCCUAUUGAGACACCAGUGUGCAGGUAUAUUGGUGGUGAGAACCCUUGUAGACCUGAAAUCCAAUAACGUAUCCUCGAUUAUCCACACAGAAGAGUUACCAAUUGCCUUUAUAGCAAAGAUCUUCGUUAUUGCAAAAUGUGAGCAUUUUUCUUUUAGUGGCUGAUAGAUGGGUAUUGGAAUCGUUGAUUCAAAAUCAAACCUGUGGCACCAACGUGACACUAGCAGGUCUUGUAGCUUCCAGCAGUAUAGUUUCAACAUCCCAGGACUUCCCAAUAUGCAAACAGAGCUGAGAUGCAAAGCAGUUUUUAAGCUACGUUCCCCAAGUACUUAUUACCCCUACCUUUGGCAUUUCAAAUUGUGGUUACUUCGACAACCUGUCCAGCACAACACAACAGCAAAACCAAGGAGGUAUCUGGCUAGACUCUGUUCCAAAGUUCGGUAAGGCUUCAGGAUUAUGUGGCUCCUAUUUUAACCUCAUUUCGUCCAUGUUAGAACAAAAGUCAUGUACAAAGGUCAUGUUCUGUCUUGUCCAUUUUGCAAAAACCCUGGGAUAAUUUUUAAUGGAGUGGGGGGUUUCUGAAACAAGGGGCUGAUGUGAAUGUAUUUUUCGUUUUGUUUUUAAACGUUAUAUAGUGUGAUUGCUACAAUUCCUGAGUCAGGGGUGCUUGUCAGGGGUGGCUGCUCAGUCUUAGUCUGCCUAAAACAGGGGUUUGGGCGGUGGCAACAGUGCUGUGCACUCUUCAGUAUGACUCUUUGGAACUGAGUGGUUCCUUUCAUGAGCGUCCAGCUUUUUCCAAUAUGCAAGUAGGGCAGUCCCCAGAGGCGUGCAUCUUUGUAAAAUGGGAAUGACCAAUUGUAAGUCUGCAGAUGGGCUAAGAGUCCUACACGCUUUGCCAGGUGUGCCUUAGAUUUGUUUCCAACAGUUCCCACAUUACAAACAUGCAUCUCCUUAGCGUUGUUGUUUUUUCCCAGUUGCUUUCUUGCAUGUGUCUUCAAAGUGCAAACAGGACUAAUGUGACACCCAAAUUUGUUCCAGAGUGAACAAAUUGGCGGUGUCCCCCUGGUGUCUGUGGCCUGCUCGUUACGAAUAUAUUUCAUGAAAGCCCUUAAAAGUAAUGUGAACAAAUCUAUGUGAAUGUAAUGUCAUUUUGAAAGCAGAGAAAAAGGUACUCUGUCCUGUGAUAACUUUUAAAUAUUGGGCCUAGUUUUCCCUGAGAUAAUAAAACCUAUACUGCUUCAGACUGUAGGGGUUGUGUGGAUAGGGGGUGAUGUGCGAUCAUAUGAUUGCUUGCUCAGUAUGGAAAAUAUAUAUUCCCUACACACAUAAAUCUAGCAUGUCAAGGAAAAAGCUGGAUAGUUACCCCUCUCCCUGACAUGCUAGGCUUCUAUAUGCAGGUGUUUUAUUUUUUAAAAGGGAGGAGCUUUCAGUCAUGUGCGAGCCAUCACUUCGGAGUCUGAAAUGGUACGACUGAGACAUAGGUUGUCCACCCUCUCUGAGAACUUGGCCAUUGUUAUCCAGCGCCAUUUCAACUUCACUGGGUUUCCAACACAACAUAGCUGGCGCUAAUGGUAGCAAAAGGAUGGCUGUUAAACAGAUAUUUUCAUGAGGAUGAUGUUUUUUUAUGCACCAUGAUGCAGUGUGAACAUGCUCAGGAAUGACAGGGCCGCACGUCAUUUACCCACCGAUCCCUUGAGGAUCAAGUAUUCUUAGACGUGCUGUUGGUUUUUCCACGCUGCAUUGUCAUGAGUUUGCACUUCUUGCUCCAGAGGAGUUCUAUUGAACUCACUUGAAAUUAUAAAAGAGCAAAUGGCUUGAGAUUGUCAUCUCUGGUUAUUCUGAUUCCUUUGACAUGUAAUGCCUCCCUAAUGGGAUUUCAGGGCCACCUCACACCUUAUAAAAACAACUUGGUAUGCUUGCCUGUGACCCUGUUGUCCUCUGUAAUGUGAGAGACACGUGCUGCUUGCAUUCGCAAUGUCCACAACUGUUUUUUGUUUCGUUUUUCAAAAAGCAUGUUUCUGUCUCACACUUACGGGGAGUCCCCAACUAAUUUCUUAAUCUGUGAAGCAACCUUAAAGACAUGGGGGGUGAAUUUGAAACUGUAUCUGUGAUCUGUGGGUUGUUGUUUUUACAAAAAAAAAAUGGACAUGGAUGGAUAGAAAUCAAACUUUUACACUGAAAUAUGUAGAAUGUACUGGAGGGGAAUAAAAGGGAUGAACAAUACUCUGAACCUCCACUUCUGCCUGAAGAUCUGCUUUACUUUCUUCUCUCUCCCCCCCCCCCCCCGCCCUUCCCCUGGCAGAAGCAUCCUCUACAAGACAGGUUAUCUAGUCUCCAAGGAGAAGCUGGGGGUGGGUGGGGGGUAGAAACGGUGUGGUGGCUACGAAGAUGAUUACCUGGGACCAAGUUGGUACGGCCAAGCCUGUCCCAUUUUGACUUUGCAUCAGAGUGCUAACUAAGAGCAAAGUUUGCAAUUCUGCUUCUCAAUUUGAGUGGCUAUUUGUCUACUUGAACAUAUCAGAACCUACCUGAUAACACUUCAGCUCAUGGUUUGGAAAAUUGCUAAAGUGGAUUAGAUUAGGCACGAAAAUGGGUGUCAUCCUUUCUUUUUGAACAUUAUCUACAGCUGGAUUCCAGUCUCUUAUGUUCUAUCCAAUACUGCAAUAGAAGGAGCCACUUUUUUUUUUGGCUUUCAUACUAUUACAGCUUGCAGAUAGGAUUAUGCCUGUACAAGAAACGGAGAGAUAUUUAUAUGAGACCUGUGGGAGUGAUUUCAUUUGAUCUUUUCAGUCCUGAUAAAAUGUUUGGGAGGGGAGGUACCUUUUAUUUCUUAAGAUUUUUUUUUUUACUAGCAAAAACUAAAUUCCAUAAAAGCCAAAGUGUAUUAUAUGACUUUUUAUAUGACUGUGUGUAAAAAAAAAAAGAACGAAAGAAAUAAUACUGUUUAGAAGAAAUAAGCCUUUGCAUUCUUUUUAUAUAGACUUUCACAAUACAUAACUUAAAACCACUAUUCAAUAAAGAGAAGCAAAUAAUGUGAAAAAUAAUUAAGAUGUAGUAGAUGAUUUCUCCUGAAAAUUAAAUUCUUUCCAUCUUGUUAGACACUAGAACUGUAAUUUAGCAAUUUUUUUUUCUUUCCUUUUUUUUUUUAAUUGUGAUCGCUGCUCAUUUUAGAGCCUUUCUCAAAUGCUGACUCUUGGGGUUCUGAGCAAUUAACAUUUUUUCUAUUUCCUUUUUGUAUUUCCAUUGAACAAAUUAACACUUUUUCCUCUGUUUUGCAAAGACGAGGUGAUUGCUUCAAGCCAGUUUCGUUAAUGAGGAGGAAUUGGUGAAUGACUCUGUAUUUUUGGGCAUCAACCAAUGCUGCUGUGUUUCUGAUCUUUUGGGUUGUUUUUUUUUGGUUAGAAAUUGUGUAUCAGAUUAAACAAGCCCUGUAUGUUUCAAUAUUUAUUGUAAUUACUGAAUAAAACAUCUUAAUUUGC